AUGAUGGAUGAGCCUUGGUGGGAAGGGCGUGUCGCCUCGGACAUCCACUGCACCCUGCGCGAGAAGGAGCUGAAGCUACCCGCCUUCCGAGCCCACUCCCCGCUCCUGAAGAGCCGCCGGUUCUUUGUCGACAUCUUGACCCUGCUGAGCAGCCACUGCCGGCUCUGCCCCGCCGCCCGGCACCUGGCCGUCUACCUGCUGGACCACUUCCUUGAUCGCUAUAACAUCACCACCUCCAAGCAGCUCUACGCCGUGGUGGUCUCCUGCCUCCUGCUCGCAAGUAAGUUCGAGGAUAGGGAAGACCACGUCCCCAAGCUGGAGCAGAUCAACAGCACGAGGAUGCUGAGCAGCCAGAAUUUCUCCCUCACCAAGAAGGAGCUGCUGGGCACAGAGCUGCUGCUGCUGGAGGCCUUUGGCUGGAACCUCUGCCUGCCCACGCCCGCCCACUUCCUCGACUACUACCUCUUGGCCUCCGUCAGCCAGAAGGACCACCACUGCCACAGCUGGCCCACCACCUGCCCCCGCAAGACCAAAGAGUGCCUCAAGGAAUACGCCCACUACUUCCUGGAGGUCACCCUGCAAGAUCAUAUUUUCUACAAAUUCCAGCCUUCUGUGGUGGCCGCAGCCUGCGUUGGGGCCUCUAGGAUUUGCCUUCAGCUUUCUCCCUAUUGGACCAGAGACCUGCAGAGGAUCUCAAACUACUCCCUGGAACACCUCAGCACGUGCAUCGAAAUCCUGCUGGUAGCUUAUGACAACGUCCUCAAGGAUGCCGUUGCGGUCAAGAGCCAGGCCUUGGCGAUGGUGCCUGGCACACCCGCAGCCCCCACCCAGGUGCUGUUCCAGCCACCCGCCUACGCCGGCCUCAGUCAGCCCCCAGCGACGGCCCUGGCCCAGUUCCAGACCCCCGUGCAGGACCUGUGCUUGGCCUAUCGGGACUCGCUGCGGCCCCACCAUUCGGGGACCCUGCUCUCAGGGGGCACCGGUUCGUCCCUCCACGCCCUGUACCCCACGCUGCAGCCCCUAGACGUGUGUCCCGUGCCGCUGCCCGCGGCCCUCAGCAUGCAGAUGGCCAUCACAGCCGAGCCCAGGCACUGCCUCGCCGCCACCUAUGGGAGCAGCUACUUCAGCGGGAGCCACGCGUUCCCCGCGGGCUGUUUCGACAGAUAG